AUGCGGUGGGGGAGGGGGGCGAGGGCCGAGCUGAGUUUGCAGCAGAAGCUGAGGGCUGAUGUUCAGCUGCGGAUGGAGGAGCUGGAGGAGAGCGUGCUGGAGAAAGACCAGGAGCUGCUGCGCCUCACACAGAUCGUCAGCAGACUGCAGGGAGAGGUGUCGUAUAAGCUGAGUGAUAAGGAGCAGACGCUGGAGGAGGAGAUCCAGCUGCGGGAGCGCAUACAGCUGCAGUGUAAACAGGCUGAGAGGACGGUGGAGGAUCUGCGCGCUGGAGCUAAGACGCUGGGACAGUCCAGAGAUGAGCUCUCCAAACAGCUCAAGCUGGCUCAGGAGAAGAUCAUCGAUCUGGAGGCAGAUCUGGAGGAGCUGCAGGAGAACGAGCAGCGAUGGGCGUCCAAACACAAGAGAGCUCUGGAUCAGUCGGAGCAGAUGCAGAUGAAGCUCAUCCAGGAGAAAGAUCUCAACGAUCAGCUGGAGUGUGAGAAGGCCAUCCUGGAGAGACAGCUGCGGGAUCUGCGCAGAGAGAUGGAGGAGCUGCAGAAUAACAGAGUGGAGGUGGACUCAAUCACCAGAGCCGAGAUUAAAGCCAAAGAACUGGAGAACACGCUGCGCGCCGAGGAGAGGAGUAAAGUGGUGAUGAGCAACACCAUCAGCAAACUGGAGAAGAAGAUCCACGAGCUGACGGAGCAGAUGGAGGAGGAGCACAAGAUCUCCACCGAACAGAGAGAGCUGAUGAAUCAGCGCAUCCGUUCACUGAAGCGGCAGCUGAACGAGGCCGAGGAAGUGGCGAGUCGACGGGACGUCCAGCACCGACACACACAGAGAGAACUGAUGGAGGAGAGAGAAACUAACAGCCGCCUGCAGAGACAACUGCUGGACCAACAGCUGCACAACAAGAGGAAAGAGUCGAGACAAACUCUGGAAAGCCUGAAGCUGAACCUGAGUGAAGAUGAUGUUGAUGAUGAUGAAGAAGAGAAGCAACAGAGCGAGUCCAAACCCACAGAGAAGCAGAUCACUCAGGUGUGACAGGACCAGACUGAACCGGCCUGACCGCAGCUAAACCUGCAUCAAAAACUGACUAGACCUGCUGUUUCCCCCCAAAUAUCAAAGACUUCAAACCAAAACAGAUCACACAAACCACUUGAGUCCAGGUCUACGAGAGAGAGACCGGAUCCAGAGAAGCUCUGCGUGAACAGGAAGUGGAAAACACUGGAAAAGCUCUUUCCUGUGGACUGACGCUCUUAGGGUUUUAUUGAUAAGCUCUUCCAGGAGAAUCUGCUUCGCCGUCACUGCCAAAUCUGGUUACAGUAAGCUAUCGUGUGCAUUAGUUCUUUAUCAAGCUCUCCUUUCUGUUUCUGUUGUUAUUUUCAGUUCAAUCAGCUGUUUACGUUAUGCAUAUGUUAAUAUAAUGGAGCUAGGAGUGAAUAUUGCUGAUGAAGUGUUUGAGAUUGAUUUGCAUGUGUUCAUGGAUCAGGACGGCUGAUGUACGGACCUGUGCUGAUUCUAUUCUGCUGAAGGUUUUUAGGGAAUCCUCUUUAUUAAGUGUUAAUACAGCAGCAGUUUCUGCUCCUGGGUGUUCAUGUGUGCUUCAAAGUUAAUGUGCAACUCCCAAAUGGUAAUAAAAUAUUAUAAAUGUU